UGCCGAUCCGCGGUGACGCCAUCAAGCCCCCCCCGCCCCGCCGGGUGACGUUGACCCGUCACAAGAUGGCGGCGCCCAAGAGUACUCCCAAAGAUGCGCAAGUCAUGGCGGCGAUAUUGAAGGACAUGGGCGUCACGGAGUACGAGCCCAGGGUCAUCAACCAAAUGCUGGAGUUCACCUACCGGUAUGUGACGGGGAUUCUGGAUGAAGCGAGGGUCUAUUCCGCGCAUGCCAAGAAAACGAGCAUCGACAUGGAUGACAUCAAAUUGGCAAUCCAGUGUCGCAUGGACCACUCCUUUACUUCGCCGCCACCCAGAGACUUUUUGCUGGAGAUUGCGCGGCAGAAAAAUCAGACGCCUCUGCCGCUCAUCAAACCGUAUGCGGGCCCUCGCCUGCCUCCUGACCGCUACUGCCUGACUGCACCCAAUUACCGGCUCAAGGCGCUCUCCAAGAAGUCUCAGCCGCCCCCCGGAAGAAUCACCAUCCCUCGGCUGAGUGUGGGCACAAGCGUGACCAGCCGCCCAGCCACUCCAACCAUGGGAGCCAGCAGCUCCCAGGGUGUGGCUGGGACGACCAAGGUGGGCACAUCGGUCUCCAUCGGCCAGCGGAUCACGCUGCAGCUGCCCUCGACUCCCAGCACGCUCAAGCCAUCCACGCCGAUCAGCACGGCGGUGCAGAGCGUGCUCAUCAACGCGCCAUCGCUCGUGGCGGCCGGCAAGAACAUCCUGAUCACUACGAGCAGCGCCGGCGCCUCAUUCACGCACUCCCCUCUGCAGCCGUCGCAGCAGCAGCAGCAGCAGCAGCAGGCGCAGGCGGGCAGCUCGGACACGAACCCUCUCAAGCGCAAGCACGAGGAGGACGACGACGACUACGAUAACGCGUGAAGCGCCGACGUCGCCACCGCCGUGCAAACGCUCAACUUGCCUACCGGCCCACACAGAUCUUUCACCAGUCUCGCACCCCUCCCGCACAACCCCAUCCACCCGCUUGCCCACCCAUCCACUUAACCUACCCGCCAACGCAAUUGCCCACCCACUCACUAACCCAGGGGUUGGCAACCUGUGGCUCCGUAGCCGCAUGCAGCUCUUUAGAGACUGCUUUGUGGCGUAAUGUAUGAAUGUAUUCACAUGCAUUGCGGUUCUUGAAAUAGAGUUUUGUAUAAAAUUCGAAAAAAAUGGCUCUCCAUAUUAUUUUGGUUGUCGACCCCUUCACCUAGCCCGACCGCUUACCCACAUGUUCGGCAUGUCACGGCCUUGGCGGUUAAAAUGUAUUCUUAUUCUCACCGGGCGUGCAUCCAAUGGUGCGUGCCACGAUCGAUCACUGAACGAUGUUUUGCGAAUCGCACGCAAAUGAUGCCGUCACGUUGAGUUUCACGGAUCAUACGAGACGGCAUAUGAGCAGAUAAUGCAAAAACAAAAUACUGCGUUCUCUUGUAUCGUGUUGUGGUCCUGAAUUAUUACGAUUUACACGCAGGGGCAAAUUAUUCCAUGCCCACCUUCUGUUCGAUCUGCCCGCUCGCCCAUCUGUACCCUUGCCCGACUCUGCAGCUGCACUCUCAUUCACCCACCCACCUAUCCCAGUUGCCCACACACACACUGUCCAAUUUGCCAACUGGUUGACGCCAAUACAAAUUGUAUUGGCAAAACAAUUUGUAUUGGCAUCACCUCUCAAUAAACAAUUUAUCCAAUAUGGAUAAUAAUGAUCUUUAUUCAGGAAGCCUUCUUUAAUUACACUUUGUUCAUGGUGAUAUUGCUUGGUAUGUUUGACUUUUAUCAUUUUGGAGAAAGCCAGAUGUCUUGAGAAAAAACCUACCUACUUACUGAACUGCCAAACUACUGGCCUCCUAGUACUCAUGUUUUGGUUCGUGGUCUUGCACUUUCUUUCAGGUGCGCCCACGCCCCUCUAUCGAGUUUUCAUGAGACGCUUAACUCAAGUUUGAAUUCGAUUUGCCGCUGCAAGCAGCGCGUUUACACAUUUCUAGAUGGCCUUGAAUUCAAGAUACAACCCAACAUUUUCCCUGGCCCGAUUUUCGCUUCACGGGUCGGCCCGGGUUUCCCUACGUCAGCUUUCUGGCCGAGCGGAAACACAUCAGCAGUCCACGGUGCAAUCGAAAUGGGAGUGAAUGGCGAUAGCGUUUGGUUUUACCGUUAGAAGUUACGUAUCGCGAUGUUACAUUUUUUGUCAACAACCCAGUUGUGACAUUCGAUUCGGGUAUUUCUUGGGAAAGUGUCACGAGGACCUGUUUCUGGCAAGGAUGUGCCCAACUCGUGUGAUAACAGGAGCAACUUGUGGAAAUGCCCAUGUGUCAGCCGACUCAAGUUGUCCUUCAGCUCGAGUUCUGAGAGAAAUUUGUUCAACUCCGGCCAGUUUUGAGUCAACUCGAGUUGCCUUUCUCAUGGAAACUCAAGUUACUGGUGUGGGUUUUGCAACACUGCUGGGCGUUUCUCCUCUUACCCUGCAGUUUGCAAGACACGUGCCCUCAAUAUGCGGUGCACGGGAAGGGCGCAGUACAUGACGAAUGGUGGUGGUAGAAUUAUUACACCGUUAGGAUCGUUUAUUUGUUGUGAGAACGGAAAACAUGGUCCAACGUUAAUUUAAAUUGAAUUCUCAAGGAAGACGGCCCAAAUAGCAAAUCACUCUUUUUGAAGAUAAGUAGCCUGUGUGUGUCAGAUUGUGUAUGACGAAAACUUGGAAGUAAAAAAAUAUAUAUCAAAAAGUGACUUUAAAAAGUGUACGAUAGAUGUCACUUGCAGCAAUGUAAGUUAUUUUUUUUUUUACAAAUGGACCAAUGAGAGCACUGGCUCUAGGGGAGGAGGGGGGGUCAGCUGUUGCCAUGUUGUCAGACUUUAAACUUUAGUGUUUCUCAUGUCUGAAAUAUUCUACAGCCCGAGAUAACAUGUCUUAAGUAUUUAAAGGACAAGGGGUUUUGUGUAGGGUUUUAUAACUUUUUUUUAAGAAUGAUAGUUUGAUCUGAAAAAUAUACCGUGAUGAUAUGUUUGUGUAAAUAAGAUCUAAACAUGUAUGACACUUUUGAUUUAAAGCUUUCGUGACUGCAGUAAUUCAUAUUCUUAGCUCUUUCGGUAAAGUCACGUUGAAGGGAAACAAUAAAAUAUAAAACAAUAAAAA